AUGGCCGACCAGAAUGAGGUGGAUCUCGAUUCUGUCAUCGACCGCCUGUUAGAAGUAAGAGGAAGCAGACCAGGGAAGCAAGUUCAAUUGCUCGAAGCCGAGAUCCGUUACUUGUGCACAAAGGCACGCGAAAUCUUUAUCUCCCAGCCGAUAUUGCUCGAGCUGGAAGCACCGAUCAAGAUUUGCGGCGAUAUCCACGGCCAGUACUACGAUCUACUGCGCCUGUUCGAGUACGGCGGCUUUCCCCCCGAAGCGAACUACCUUUUCCUGGGUGACUACGUCGAUCGAGGCAAACAGUCGCUCGAGACCAUCUGCUUGCUCUUGGCCUACAAGAUCAAGUACCCCGAGAACUUCUUCAUCCUGCGCGGCAAUCAUGAAUGUGCUUCGAUCAAUCGUAUCUACGGCUUUUAUGACGAGUGCAAGCGCCGUUACAAUAUCAAGCUGUGGAAGACAUUUACGGACUGCUUCAACUGCUUGCCCAUUGCCGCAAUCAUCGAUGAAAAGAUCUUCACCAUGCACGGAGGCUUGAGCCCCGACCUCAACUCGAUGGAACAAAUCCGUCGUGUCAUGCGCCCGACCGAUAUUCCCGACUGCGGUCUUCUCUGCGACUUGCUCUGGUCGGAUCCGGACAAGGAUAUAACAGGAUGGAGCGAGAACGAUCGUGGCGUCUCGUUCACCUUCGGACCCGACGUUGUUUCGAGAUUCCUGCAAAAACAUGACAUGGACCUGAUUUGUCGGGCGCAUCAAGUCGUUGAAGACGGCUACGAGUUCUUCUCAAAGCGACAACUGGUCACCCUAUUCAGCGCUCCAAACUACUGUGGCGAGUUUGACAAUGCUGGAGCCAUGAUGAGUGUGGACGAAAGUCUACUGUGCUCCUUCCAGAUUCUCAAACCUGCCGAGAAGAAACAAAAGUACGUGUAUGGCUCAAAGAGCUCGAGCGGGCCCAGCACUCCAUCUCGCAAGUCCAAAAACUAG